UCCCUUGCUCUCUCAAUAAGCCUCUCUCACGCUUCCUCCUAGCUAUGGCAGCUGUCCUUCGCGUUAGCAUCAACCCAAACGUAUUGGCAAAUAAAAUGUCAAGAUCAAAUCCUAGCCGUCCAUCUAGGACCACGAUGGCCAUAAUGUCGCAAGAUCAUCCUUAUUGGGCCUCCGUGCAUGCCGAGAUAGAAGUCCAUCUCAAGCAGCACAUCCUUGUCAGGCCUCCACUCUCAGUGUUUGAGCCCAUGCACCAUUUAGUGUUUUCUGCCCCGCCAAGCCCCGGGCCGGCUUUGUGCGUGGCCGCGUGUGAGCUCGUGGGCGGCCACCGCGACCAAGCCAUUGCUGCGGCAGCUGCCUUGCACCUCAUGCAUGCUGCAGCUGUUAUUCACGAGCAACUUUUAUCAACCGAUAGGCUCAAGACCAAGCCCAAACCCAGGCCCAUGGUUCACAGUCCAGGGAUAGAGCUUCUCACUGGAGAUGGAAUGUUUGCAUUUGGGUAUGAGUUAUUGGCUAAGUCAAUGGAUCCGGCCCAAAACAAUUCGGACCGGAUUUUACGGGUUAUUGUUGAAAUGACACGUGCCAUGGGGUCACAGGGCAUGGUGGAUGGGCAAUACCAUGAGAUACUGAUGCUGUGCAAACAAUCAAGGUACUACAAAUACGUGUGUGAAAAAAAGGAAGGUGGGCUCCAUGCAUGUGGGGCCGCCUGUGGGGCCAUAUUAGGAGGUGCAAGUGAGGAGGAAAUAGAGAGAUUGAGAAGAUAUGGUCUGUGUGUGGGAGUGAUGAUAGCGUUUUCAAAUAGAGUUGAAGAAAGAAAUGAGAUGGAAACAACGGAAGUGGUGAAGGAGCUCAGAAGUUUGGCACUCAAGGAACUAGAAUUUUUCCAUGAAGGAAAGGCUGAGGCAAUUUCUAGCUUCCUUCAUCUCUUGAAUCUUUGACGUUGCGAAUCUAUAUAUAAAAAUACGAGAUUAUACGUAUAUACGAUUGAUUGAUUGAUGUAGAAUUUACAGUAAGUUCAUAGUGCAUGUAUGCGUGGAGUGGCGGAGAAAAUAUAAGGUAAUUUAACUCUAA